AUGGGUAAUAAAAAGUCGACAUCAAAAAAGCAUAAUAAAAGCAAAUCAUUAUCUAAUGAAAAAGUUAAAUUAGAUGAUAUAAAUAUAAUUUGUCUGGAUAUUAAUUGUAAUGAUAAAUCAAGUAGUAAUCUUAAAUUUUUAAAUGAACUUGAACAAAUAGUCAAUUCUGUUCAAAUAUUUGAUGAUUCAAAUCUUUGUGAAAAAUUUCUUAAAAAUGAUUUCAACGAUAAUGAAAUUAUAUUUUUUAUUUUAUCUGAUAAACUUAUUCAACAAAUUGUUCCUCGUAUUCAUGAAUUAAUAUAUAUUGAUUCAAUUUAUGUAUUUUGUCAACAUAAAAAUCAAUAUGAUUUAUGGUCAAAUAAAUAUUCGAAAUUAAAAGGACAUUUGUUUACGGAAAUUUCUCAACUUUGUGAUCAAGUAAAACAAGAUAUUCGUCGUUAUCAAAAUGAUCUUAUACCAAUACAUAUGUUAGAUAAUACAUUUACUCAUGAUCAAUUGAAUCAAAUUGAACCAGAUUUUAUGUAUUCACAAUUAAUAAAAGAAACUUUAAUUAAUAUAAAAUAUGAUAAAAAUGCAAGAAGAGAAUUUAUUCAAUAUUGUUUUAUUCAAUCAAAUAUUUUAAAUAUAAAUCAAAUGAAUAUAAUUCAUCAAUUUGAAAAUAAUUAUGAAAAACAUUCACCAAUAUGGUGGUAUACACGAGAAUCUUUUGUCUAUGAAAUUCUUAAUAAAGCUCUUCGUACUCAAAAUAUUGAUAUUUUGAUUAAAAUGGGAUUUUUUAUAAAAGAUCUUCAUCAGCAAAUUGAACAUUUGUAUUCUUUACAAGAACAUUGUCCAAUGAUUGUUUAUCGUGGUCAAGGUCUAACAAAUAAUCAAUUUGAAAAAUUAUGUAAAUUUAAAGGUGGUUUAAUAUCAUUUCAUAGUUUUCUUUCAACAAGUCUUGAUAAACGAAUUUCACUUGAAUUUGCUCGACGUGCUAUUGAAAAGCCAGGUCUUCGUGGUAUUAUAUUUCGUAUGAAAAUUGAUCCAAAAAAUGUUAAUUUAUCAAAUUCAUAUGCAUCAUUAAAUAAUUUAAGUUAUUAUAAAAAUAAUGAAAAAGAAAUACUUUUUUCAACACAUACUAUUUUUCGUAUUGUUGAUAUUAAACAAAUAAAAGAUGAAAAUAAAAUUUGGCAAAUUGAUUUAAAAUUAACAACAAUUCAAGAUGAUAUACAACUUGAACAAUUAACAAAAUAUUUACGUGAAGAUGUUCAAUCUUUAUCGAAUCCUUGGGAACGUUUAGCUAAAUUAAUGUUUACUAUUCGACAAUUUGAUAAAGCACAACAAAUUUAUGAAAAUAUUUUAGAAAAAACUUCUUCAAAUGAUUCUCUACAAUUAGCUUUUAUUUAUCAUCAACUUGGUUAUGUUAAUAAUGAAAAAGGAAAUCUUAAUAAAGCACUUGAAUAUUUUCAAAAAUCAAUUGAAAUAAAAGCGAAUUAUUUACCAGAACAUUAUAAUGAUCCACAAUUAGCUGAUACUUAUUUAAAUAUUGGUUCGAUUUAUCAUGCACAAGAUAAACUUGAUUAUGCUUUAUUUUAUUUUCAAUCAGCUCUUUAUACAGAUUCAAAUGAUCAAACAAUUUUAGCAUCUAUUUAUAAUAAUAUUGGAAUGGUUCUUAAAAGACAAGGACAUUUUAAUGAUGCUCUUCAAUUUUUUCAAAAAAGUCUUCAAAUUGAUUUAAAAUUUCUUCCGCCAACACAUCCUGAUCUUGCUACAACAUAUUCAAAUAUUGGAAGAGUUUAUUAUCUUUUAAAUGAUUAUUUAAAUGCAUUAUCUUAUUAUAAAAAAACUUGUUAUAUUCGGAGUUUAUCAUUACCACAAAAUCAUCCAUCUAUAUUAACAGCAAUUGAAAAUUAUCAAAAUACAGCUAUCCUAUUUAAAAAAUAUAAUUCACAAAUCAACUUAUCAACAUCUAUUAUACCAAAAACACAUCGAUCUUGUUCAACAUUAUCGAAAUAUUCAAAACAACUUAAGAAGAAAAUUUCUAUUUCUAAACAAAUAAUUACUAAUAAAUAA